AUGGCAGAAGCAGAGGAGAUACAGAACGGUGUGAACGGGCUAGAGCUCGACGACAAAGACCAAACAUUAACCGGUGAUGCUGAUGAAGUAAAGAAGAAAAAGAGAAAAAACAAAAAGAAGAAGGGCCAGGGCCCCAAGGAGGACGCAAUGAAUGGAGACGCAGACGACAAACUCGAAACAAAAGCUGGUAGCGACGAACAGGAAGCACCAUUAUCAGUUGAACCGGGAGACGACGUAAGUAAAGAUGUCAAGGCUUCUUCCAGCAGCAAGAAGAAAAAGAGAAAGAAGAAGAAAGCAGCAGAAGAUGCAGGAGAUGGAGGAGGUGGCACGCGCAGACAGACAGAUAUUCCAACAGUUGCCAUCUGCGAUCUUUUUCCGGAUGGUGAUUAUCCAGCUGGUGAGAUAUGUCAAUACAAAGAUGGAACGAGGGCUCGACAGCUCGCAGAUACAGAAGAGAAAAGGGCACUCGAUCGAGCCCAAGCUGAUAUACUGGCCGAUGUGAGGCAAGCAGCCGAGGCUCAUCGACAAGUCCGACAGUACAUGCAGAAAUACAUCAAACCGGGAAUGACGAUGAUCGAAAUAUGUGAGCGACUGGAGGAGACGUCUCGGAAGUUGAUCAAGGAGAACGGGCUGCAAGCAGGUCUUGCGUUUCCUACCGGUUGCUCGCUGAAUCAUUGCGCUGCUCACUACACGCCCAAUAAUGGAGACAAGACCGUCCUAGGGUACGACGACGUCUGCAAGAUUGAUUUUGGUACUCACAUCAACGGACGGAUCAUUGACUGUGCGUUCACUCUCGCAUUCAACCCCAAGUAUGACAACUUGUUGGCCGCCGUGAAAGAAGCCACGAACACGGGGAUACGCGAGAGUGGAAUUGAUGCACGUCUGGGUGAAAUUGGUUGCGCCAUUCAAGAAGUGAUGGAGUCGUACGAAGUCGAGUUGGACGGCAAAACGUAUCAAGUGAAAGCCAUUCGUAAUCUGAAUGGACAUUCGGUCGCUCCGUAUCGAAUACAUGCCGGCAAAACGGUGCCCAUAGUCAAGGGUGGGGAUAUGACAAGAAUGGAAGAGGGCGAGUUCUUUGCGAUCGAAACGUUUGGUAGCACAGGAAAGGGCGUUGUCCACGACGACAUGGAAUGCUCGCAUUACAUGAAGAACUUUGAGGCCGAACACGUUUCUCUCCGUCUCGCCAAAGCACGACAACUACUCAAUGUAAUCAACCAGAACUUCGGAACUCUAGCAUUUUGCAGACGUUGGUUAGAUCGUCUCGAACAGACAAAGUACUUGAUGGCUUUGAAGAAUCUGUGCGAUUCAGGCAUCGUGGACGCUUACCCUCCACUCUGUGAUAUUCGAGGUUGCUACACGGCUCAGUUUGAGCAUACGCUGUAUCUCCGGCCGACGUGCAAGGAGGUCAUAAGUCGUGGGACAGAUUACUGA